AUACUUUAAGUAUAAAAUCCCAAGACCCUUAUUUCAUUACAUUACAAUUUCAAAUGUGCUUGAAUCUUUAAAAAUAUGUUGCGAUGAAAGUUAUAGUUUUAUUUAUUAUUUACUGAUGUCUUAGAAGCAGUUAGACAAUUUAACAAUAAAAAAGUGUACAUCUUGUAUAAAUAUUUAUUUAAAAAUGCCUGUACUAUGCAAAGCAGGAUGUGGAAAAAAUGCUAUGUUAAAGCGUCCUAAAACGGGGGAUACUCUAUGUAAAGAAUGCUUUUACGAAGCCUUUGAAACAGAAAUCCAUUUUACAAUAACAAAAGCAGAAUUAUUUAAUAGAGGAGAUUCUGUCGCCAUCGCCGCCUCUGGUGGCAAGGAUUCAACCGUAUUGGCACAUGUACUUAAAACAUUAAAUCAAAGAUAUGACUAUGGACUUAAUCUUAUGUUGCUGUCCAUAGACGAGGGCAUAACUGGCUACAGAGAUGACAGCUUGGAAACAGUCAAACAAAACAGAGAUGAUUACGAGAUGAAUCUCAAAAUAUUAUCAUAUAAAGAUUUAUAUGGUUGGACCAUGGACGAAAUUGUAGCCCAAAUCGGAAGAAAGAAUAAUUGUACAUUUUGUGGAGUAUUCAGGAGGCAAGCUUUGGAUAGAGGUGCCGCCAUGCUUAAUGUGAAAUGUAUAGCAACAGGACACAAUGCUGAUGACAUAGCAGAGACGGUGCUGAUGAAUGUGCUGAGAGGAGACAUAGCUCGGCUCAAGAGAUGCACUGCCAUAUCUACUGGCAGCGAGGGCACAAUUCCGAGAGUGAAGCCGUUGAAGUAUACAUAUGAAAAGGAGAUUGUUAUGUACGCUCAUUACAAGAAGCUGGUGUACUUCUCAACAGAAUGUGUGUUUGCUCCAAACGCCUACAGAGGUCAUGCUAGGGCUCUGUUGAAAGAUCUGGAAAAAAUUAGACCUACUUGCAUUAUGGAUAUCAUAUACUCAGGCGAAACAAUGGCUGUGAAAGAGGAAGUGUCACUGCCCACACAGAGAAUUUGCACGAGAUGCAAAUUUGUCUCCUCUCAAGAGGUAUGCAAGGCUUGCGUUCUUCUGGAAGGAUUGAACAAGGGUUUACCAAAACUUGGCAUUGGAAAGAGUUCCAAAGCCAAGAAGAUGCUGGAAGAAUACAACGCAAACCAAAAUAGUACGAAAAAAGCUAUCGAUGAAAUUAAUGUCGACUGCCAGAAAAAUAAUUGUGUCUCUAGAGGAAAAGCGUGCAGGUCGAAUAGAAAUACAACUAAUGAUAACGAAGUGAACAGCCGAAACGGAGAAAAGUGCUGUAGUACACGAGAAAAGACAAAUGACAGUGCGUCUAUAAGUAAUACUAAAUUAAACACACUUUUACAUGACUACGGCAUACCAGAAAAUGAUUGUGGAGGCGAUAUAAACACAUCAAUAGGGGAAAGUUCGGAAAAUCAUAAUUUCGAAGUCGAUUUACACAACGAAGAUGUUACGUCCUUAGCAGAGGAGACUGACGCGUGUGUCGGAGCAUGCGGCAAGAUGGACUCCAUGCAUAUAGGUUUCUGACGUACAUGCGUAAAUAAUAUACAAUAUCAUUGAAAAUAA